CUUAAAUCAGCUGCUCUCUUACAAUAGAUUCACACGAAACAAGAAAACAAGAACAUGCCUAAUCUCGUGCUGUGGCUCAUUGCACCUACUCUGCUUAGCAGCGUUGUCGGUGUUCUGUCAUCAGAGGAACAGUGUGAUAUGUGCAGAUGUUCUUUGGUCCAAUCAGUGUUGCUGCUUAAUUGUUCGGACGUCAAGACGAGGCCAGGUGAUAACUCUGGAAUACUCCCACAGCCGUACCCAGACAGUUACGCGCAUUAUAAAUAUAAUACCACCUCGGCAUAUUUCGAAAGCAACAGAAUCGAGAAACUUGGCCAUCUGUCUUUUGUCAACAUCAACAGCAUCUCUCUCGCACAAAACGAGAUCAGUGCUGUAGAUUCUGGCACGUUCACCAAGCUUACAACUUUGAAAGCUCUCUCGUUAAAGAACAAUAAACUGAAAACUCUUUACGAUAAAUCAUUCCAUGGUUUACGAAAUUUGGAAAUUCUGGAUUUAUCCAAAAACAUGCUCACGAAUAUGUUUCCAGGAACAUUUACCAUUCUGAAUUCUUUGAAAGAGCUCUAUUUGUCUCAUAAUAUGAUAGAACAUUUAAAAGCGAAAAUAUUUGCAAUAUCAACACUACAAAAGCUAGAUGUAUCAUUUAAUUGCAUAGCUCAAAUAGGAUCUAAUGUAUUUGAGAACGCAACUAGCCUAAUAGCAUUGAAUUUAUCAAAUAAUAACAUAUCAUCCGUAGAAAAAUACAAUCUUGCUUCACUAACCUCAUUGCAAAUUUUGGAUCUAUCGUACAAUCAAAUCGUGACAGUGGAUCCAUCUGCUUUAUCCACGUUGAAAUCUUUGAAGUGGUUGUCUCUCUCCUGGAAUCAACAAGGAAUGGAGCUUCAAAAUUUAAAAAUCGCAGCUGAUCUCCAAGUGUUACACCUGGCAGGAAAUUUCCUCAAGGACUUGGGGGAACCUGUCAGACGCCUGAAGCUGCGGGAACUUCAUGUGCAGAAGAACUCUCUCCAAAACAUCGCCGUAAACGGCUUACGACUCAGGGUACUGAAUGUGUCGUCGAACUUACUGACGUCGUUUCCCGUAGUGGAUUACGGGACUCUGGAGGUCCUGGACCUGUCCCAGAACCAACUGACCGCAGUGCCCGACGGACUGACUGGGCUCCAGAUGCCGUCUCUGCAGUGGCUCAGCCUAGACAACAACCCGAUGCGACAGGUUCGCUUCCCGACCGCGGGAAAAGAGAACGACGGCGAAAUAUUCGUCAACUUGACCUGGGUCAGCGUGAGUCACAUUAAGGAGCUACAGGAGCUGAAUGCCGGAGCAUUCUCAGGUCUGGCUUCGCCUUGCGGAGAGUGUAGUGGCGGCACGGAGGAGACUGGCUUGGAGUUUGCAGCCCUUGCCCAGAACUGCAACAGGAGACUCGCCAUUAGAGUGGCACAGAACCCUUCCCUCGCCAAGAUUGAUACAGACGCCUUCAGAGAUGUCGGCAUAUGCUCGCUGGACUUGAGUUACAACGCCCUCUCGUCGCUAGAUGAACGGAUCACGCGCUGGGAGUCGCUGGAGGCGGCAGACCUGCAGGGUAACCCGUGGGACUGUGUUUGUCCCCUGCAGUGGAUGCUGGACAGAGUGGUGCGCCAUAUGUACAAAACCUCGCAGGAACUUCUGUACGAGCUGAGGUGCAACACGCCUAUCCCGAUGCGGAACAAACGCCUAGUUCACUUCUACAGCUGGAAGCAGGAGGCGUUGUGUAGUGAGAUGCAGCAACUUCGAGCCGAGACUGUACCUCAGAACAUCGAUGUGACUCUCGGCUCCUCGGAGGCUAUGCUUGGUGUCAUGGCGGGACUGACGACGCUCGUCGUCCUUUUGGUGGUUGCAGGCAUCGUCCUUCAGAGGCGUUUCAACAAGAAAUACAUAAAACGGAAUAGGAGAUUCCAGUGACAUCAAUAUCCUCCCCGUAUCACUGGGGAUGUCAGCUAUUGUGACAUGCCAGCAUUCCGUGCGAGGGCCGCCUCAUGACGUCAUCAUGCAACAAUUAACCUCUAUCUCUUGAAAGCGCCCCUCUAGAACAGAGUACUUGAAAACAAAACCUCGGAUCUCGUGUUUCUUUUGCAUCUCUUCACAUGAUAAAGAUGACACCCAGCGAAAGGCACUCCAAUUAACACGACAGUUUCCCUUAGUCUAACAAGACAAAGCUUGUUAAACGUGGUGAAUAAAUGGAGACUUUAGUGUUUUGUUAUUUGGAUUGGUUGAUAUCUCUUACAUCAAGAAGGAAAAGACACUGAUUGGUCAUUAUUUUGAGGUUACUGUAGAUGGCUCCAUCUUUUCAUAAAUCGCUUAUAUUUCAUUGCUGGUAUGAGGUUCUCAUGGCUGUGACCAUGAAGAAUACGGGGUUCUGGUUGUAAUGUUGCCAAGUUCGGAGAUAUCCCGAAGUUUCGGAGAAAUAUAUCGCCUCUAUCCUAUUUUCUUCGUUCUUUCUAUAGAGAACAUUCCUACAUUGUGACUCCUUGGGAAGUCGUCAGUCGCUCAGCUGCUCUAGAGUUUUCCAAAAUUUUAUAUAACUGGAAGGUUUAUUACCGUGUU